UAGACAUCUUUGGCUUGUGUAUUUCAAUAUUCAAAUCUGACAUGACAUACAUACAAGAGAGCACAUACCUGGUCAGUAUUUCAGAGUCUUCGUCAGCACAGAAGGAGAAACACCGGAGCGAAGCUGAGGAGAGAAGGACUCAGAAGAUUGAUGCAGGAUUACCUUGACAAACAUCAAGUGUCUGCGUGUUUCGUCCAACAGAGGCAACUAUUGUGUUUGGUCCACUGCACACUAAGACAUCAGUUUCAUCAAACAGAGCAAAGAUGAAGUGGAGUCUGUUUGUGCUCAUCCUGAUGGGUCAGUGUUGCUUCUUCAUGUGUCAACUCUAUGAAUACCACUUCAUUAAUAAGAGCAAGACCUGGGAGAAAGCCAAGGAGUACUGCAAGGAAAAAUAUACAGACCUGGCCACAGUGUAUGACAUGACAGACAUGAAGAGACUUAAUAACUCUAGAAAGACACAAGCUGAAGCCUGGACCGGACUGUACAACAACUCAGGAAAGGAGAACAGGACGUGGCACUGGUCUCUGCCAGGGCUGGAGUACAAUGAGAGUGAGGCACAGUGGGGUCCUGGUGAACCAAAUGAUUGUGAAGGACAUAUUGAGAACUGUGGGGCAACGAAGAAGGGGAGUUGGAAAUGGAUCGACGAUGGUUGUCUUAAAGAACAUCCAUUCAUCUGCUAUGAUGAAAAGAAGCAACCCAAUGACCCAUACUGUGUAGUUGAGGAAAAGAUGAACUGGUUACAGGCUCAGAAGUACUGCAGAGACAAACACACUGACCUGAUCAGUGGACUCACUCAGUUGAAUCAGGUAAAAGACCUGGAUGUACCUUCUGUAAACUUCUGGAUCGGCCUGUUCAGAGACACCUGGAGGUGGUCAGAUGGGAGCAGUUCCUCUUUUAGAAACUGGGAUCCUGAAGUUGGAGACAAGAACUGUGCUUUGUUAAAAAGUUCUGGACAAUGGAGAUCUGCUGAUUGUAAUAUGAAAAAACCUUUCUUCUGCUACGACGAAUACAUGAUCCUGAUCAAAGAAAACAAGACCUGGGAGGAGGCCCUGUCUUACUGCAGAAAGCACCACUAUGACCUGAUCUCCAUCACUAACAGUAACGAGCAGACAUGGGUCCAAGAGAAAGCCAAGAGCGCCACCUCUCCCUACGUCUGGACGGGUCUGCGCUACACCUGCACUCUGGAAUUCUGGUUCUGGGUCAGCAACGAGGAAGUCCAGUAUGAGAACUGGAAGGAAAAGAUGGAUGACUGUAACAUGUCUGGAGCCAUGGAGAGAGGAGGAAAACAUCAGUGGUACAGUCAUCUUGCUGAUAUGAAAUUUAAUUUCAUCUGUUCCCGUUAAGGCCCGCUCUGCUUACCGGUAGCAGACAUAACAAUUAUUUACUCACUCUGUUCCUGGUGGUGUGUUUUUUUAAGAAGCUUACACUAUAUUAUAUGCUAUGUUUUUAGGGUCAUUGAAUGGUAUUUUGGGAAAUGUAGGCGAUACAUCAAAUUUACAACAGGCUUAAAAAAUGCAGUCAAUCAUUGUAUAGUUCACAACAACAGAGGCUUAUUUUUCUGUCCCCGUGUGACGUCUGUUUCUGACAUAUGCAUGUUUUUUUUUUGGGUUGUGUGUUGAAUCCUUAUUAUUAUCCUUCUUACAAAAACAUGUAGUUUUCCUUAACAAUAGAUCUGCCAAUGUAUACUUUGAUUUUGUGAACAUUAUUUACUCACUGUUUGAUAUUUUAGGAUGUUGUGGUGA